GUUUUUGUGCAAGAAGGUGCAACAUGGCGCCUCUGGCUGUCAGAGUGCGAUGAGUCCGUGGAAGCGAUUUCUGCCGUGUUUCGCGUUUGACAGCUAACGGAAAGAUGCCCGUUGACAUUAAUCGAUUAACGGAAGGUUGGCUAGAGUUAGAAAGCGACCCGGGCCUGUUCACGCUGCUCUUGGAAGACUUCGGCGUGAAGGGCGUCCAAGUGGAGGAGAUCUACGAUCUGCAGAAAUCUUUAGAAGGCCCAGUCUAUGGCUUCAUCUUUCUGUUUCGAUGGAUCGAAGAACGGCGGUCUAGGCGAAAGGUCGUGGAGCAAGAUGAGAGCUUUGUCAAGGACGAGGAGAUUGUGAACAACAUCUUCUUCGCACAGCAGGUUGUCCCCAACAGUUGCGCCACUCAUGCAUUGCUCUCAGUUCUGUUGAAUUGCCCGAAUAUCCAUCUAGGCACGACCUUAUCCCGGCUGAAGAUGCAUACCUCCGGCAUGUGUCCCGAGAAUAAGGGUUGGGCGAUCGGCAACACGCCGGAGUUAGCCUGUGCGCACAAUUCGCACGCUAUGCCCCAGGCGAAGAGACGGCAGGACAAGAACACCGGUGUCUCUACGGGCAGAUUCACCGGCGAGGCUUUCCACUUUGUGAGCUAUGUACCAAUAAAUGGCAGGCUUUUCGAGCUGGACGGCCUAAAACCCUAUCCAAUGGAUCACGGACCGUGGAAGGAGCACGAAGAGUGGACGGAGCAAUUCAGACGUGUCAUAACCGAUCGUUUAGGCAUGGCGACUGGCGAACAGUUGCAAGACAUUAGAUUCAAUCUCAUGGCUGUUGUGCCUGACAGACGUCUUGCUAUCUCGUAUAAAUUAACGAUGCUGAAGACCAACAGACAGAUAGUCUUGGAGGCUUUGCAGCAAUUGAUGAAAUUGAGCCAUCAAGACGGCAGUAACACUGAGAAGAAUUCGCAUAAAGAGAUCAAUCCCGAUAAAGAGAAACAGUAUGAGAAAAGAAACAAGACGGAGGAUGAAAAUGGAUUGCCUACUAAGACGGAGAUCGAAGAAUCGCCUAUAAUUCCCACUAUCAACGUGGAAAGAAAUAAUGAUUCGACGGUGGUUAUGGAUGAAUCAGUUUCUGGCAUCUCAUCUGGAAAAACCGAAUCCACCGGAAUGGAGAAAGUGGUGAUGUGCGCUCUGGAUUACGCCACGCCAUUACGAAUUCAGACCUCGCCAGCUCACAGCUCUUCGAGUACAGACACGUCGUCAGAAAUUGGAUCGGCUUUUAACUCACCCACUCAAGCUUGGGGAUGGAACUCCGGGCAGAGCAGUCCUACAUCGACGAAGGACUUCAAGAAAUUCGUGGUGAUCAGAGUUGCAGGCGACGAAAAGAACGAGGCGGGUCUGAGCCGUUCUCUGGGAAAUAUCAAUAUAAACGGGAAGAGGUUGGUUUCCGACAGCGGCCAUUUGCACAAGAAGGUCUGCUUAUCGGGCGAAGUCAGAAUUCCUCACGCGAGGGUGAAAACUAGCAACGGCGACACAGUCACGGAGGAGAAGAAGGUCGAGAAAAUCGAUCCCAAGCUGUGCUCCAAGUAUCCGGAAUUGUUCGAGCCGCAUACAUUCGCGCCUAAGGACCUUCUGGCGUUGCUGAAAAAUUUGGAGCACGAGAUCAGCGUGUGCGAGACCAGCCUGAAGGAUGAGAACGACAAGAGAAACAAGUAUAAGAUCGACGAUUGCCGGAGAACGCAUAAUUAUGACGAAUUCAUUUGCACUUUCCUCUCGAUGCUCGCUCAGCAGGGAAAACUGGCGGAGUUGGUCCAGCAACAUCUAACAUUAAAGAAGCAUUCUUCCGUUUCAGUGAAUAGGGUUCACAGGUCAUCGAAAAAGUCCGACACCCGUCAAAACUCCUCGCGCAGACGCCGUGGUAGAACAAAAUGUAAAAAACGAAAGUAAUCUCUAACUAACGUAAAUUUAAGGCUUAGGGCAUCGUUCUGUCUGUUUGGAACUAUUUGAAUUGUUUAUAAUGGAUACGCAUGCUGUGAAAACUACUUGAUAAUUUUACAAAAAUCACAUAAAGAAAAAGAAACAUACAUUAGAGGAUAAAUCUAGAGUCCGAAACAAGUGUCAUACAAACGUAGGCUGUUUAUUCUCCAAAUCAUAAUAAAUUAAAAUAGUCGAAAUGUUCACCUGGCUAUUCACGUGA